AUAUAAGUUCAGAUCAUAUUCUCUCUAUUUCUUCUACAAUGUGUCGUGGACUCCUAGUCUAUAGAAGUUUGAGGAUUUUAUCUAUUAGUAUUCUUUUUUCGCAUUCCCUAAUGCCUAAUAAUUUACUCGUAUGUUUUUUGUGAUUUUGUACAUCUUAAAGAUUGUUGGCACUGAUGGUCAGCAAACUUGCGUAGGGCUUGUCAUACGAAAUCCGAAAACCGGAAGGAUCUCUGUUGCCCAUAUAAUUUAUUCCUAUAUCGUUGAGGUUGGUCUAACCCAGAUGUUAUCCUCCAUAUGCGAUGAAGAAAGUGAUGACAUUUUGGACGUUCAUAUAAUUGGUGGUUACAAUACUUCACCGCAACAAAGUUGUAGAACGUGGGAUGGAACUUCCACUUUCAUUUGUUUGAAGAUAGUUGAAGUCCUUUGGAAAAGCAACAAAAGAUUUAACAUUCAAACUAUGUAUAUUCUUAAUGACAACACCAUAUAUGAUGAAGAAGGAAAUGCUUAUCCAUUUCUCAAAGGUUUUCUGGUGGAAACUGGCAACGGGUCAAUAUUUCCAGCAACCUUUCAUGAGACUACAAAAGGUCCUGAUGAAUAUAUUCGGCGUAUUCGAGAACGCGCUUGUCUAAGGGACCCCAAUUGGGAUAAUAGAUUGCUCGAGACAUAUGAUAUUGAGUCUGACCAAUUCACUAUUGCUUAUGUUUCUAGGGGCAAAAGAUAUUUGAAGUAUAUUGAAUCACUGCGAAACCAAUCUGAUGAGGAACUCUGCAAUACUUAUCUAACUGUUCCGAUUCCAAUGACUCCUCAUAAUAUAUUUGUAAUAAGACGAGAUUUGGAAAAGUUAUUCCAAGUUCCCAAUUGGGAAGAAGUAUUUCCAUUCAGACGACCUCGAACAUUUUUUAGAUCCAUUGAUGGGGGUUGGGCCAUGAGAACGAGUGAACAUAAUCAAAUACUCAAGAGAACCGCCAAUAGGGUUUGUCAAGGGAGAUACAAUAUUCAAUAGCCAACUCAAAUUAGAUUAAAUAUCGUGGUAGUCUAUGAUGUAUUAUUAUUUUUAUUAUGUAAACAGAUAUGCCUGUACCAUAUGUUGCCGGAUAACGUUGCACAAUCACAUGUCCUAAUGUCCUGUUGUAUAAAAUAAAGUAAUUAACAAAUUUAACAGCCAUGUUAGUUAUAGUUUCAUA